GUUUUAUUUCACAUGAAUGAUUUUGUGUUUCACAUAAAUGUUGUGUUAACUUAAUGAUAAACAUAUUAUAUAUUUCUGAAAAUACAGUUUUUUCAUAUUUACAUACAGUUGCCAAUUUACAUGGAAACACCACUAAUAGAAAAAGUGUUUAUAGUAUGACACAUACAUCUUUUACAUGUUUACAUGUUCAUGCAUGCUCUAGAGAACACAGAGAAAGACGAUACAACGGAGAACAGGAUAACUGUUGAUACAUUCAUGGCCAAAGUUGGAAUUACUCAACAGUGUGAUCUGCUCACCAUAAUGGAGAAAGCACUGGAGAAUAAUGUGGCCAUUGACUGUUACUCUGUGACAAACAAUAAAGCCGUGCUGGUUGAGGAGAAAAAGUUGCACAACAACCCUGAUAUCCUGGAAAUCAAAAUGCUUCUCCUCGAGAAUGGACGAGCCAGCGAGAUCAUACCUGAAGACAAACUCAUUAAGGCAACAGUCUCUGAGCUGAAGUCUAAAAUCAAAUAUUCUGGCAGCUCUCAGUCAGCGCUCAGAGUUUCUUGUGAUCCCCUCUUUCCUUGAGAAGUACCUUGAGAAUCAGUUACCAGUCUUUGUGGAAAACGCCCUGAAAGCCAUCAUGAUGACACAAGGCAGAGAGUACAUGAUUGAUCAGACGUUGGAAGCUGUUGGAGACAAGCAUCUCUACCAUGCUAUCAUCCCAGUGGACUUCCAGGCCAGUGGAGUGUUGGAGAAGAACAAACGCUGGGGGGACGGCCUGCAGCAGUUUCUGGAGAUGAAACACCAGCUGGCAACCACUCCUUUGUCCAAUGUGACUAAUUACCUUUCAAACUUCCAUUACUUUCAAAAGUACCUGAAAGGGAAUGGGAUAUUUGGUGUGUCUGGGACAUUAGGGGGUGAUGCCGACAAAGAUUUCCUUGCAAGGCACUACGAAACAGACAGCUACAUAAUACCAGCUCAUCGCCAUAAGAAGGUUGUUGAGCUUCCAGCAAUUCAGGUCACUGGGCAAGCCCAGUGGAUGGAGAUCCUCUGUAAGACAGCAAUGAGGGUGGCAGAAAGUGGUCAGGUUGUCUUGGUCGUAUGUGAAGAUGUCAAGACCGCAAGCGAGCUUCUGAAGAAAAUAGAGGGCGAGAAUCCACAUCCCCCCAUCACAUUAUACACAAUCAGUGAGAAACACAACAUUGAGAGAACCAAAUUCAGAGGGGGACAUGUAAUCAUAGCCACAAACCUAGGAGGUCGUGGAACUGAUAUCAAGGUUGAUCAGGAUGUCAACAUACGUGGUGGCCUCUUCGUCCUCCUUACACAUUACCCUGGCAGUCGCAGAGUGGAGAAACAGGUGUUUGGAAGAACUGGUCGGAAGGGAAACCCGGGCAUGGUCCAGAUGAUCCUCUGUGGGGAUAACCUUGCCCCAGCAUACCAGGGCCAGCCUGUGGAGAUCAUGAGACAAUUGAGAGAGGAGUACGAAGUCCAACGCAUCAAAGAUAUGGAGACAGAUGAGCUUCUCGAAAUAAAAAUGAAAGAGGACCUGUUUGGCACGUUUUGUGAAUUUCUUGACAAGUUUCAUGGCAACUUCACAAAACAGGAGAGAGAUGACCUGUCAGGAAUGGGGCCGAAUGAUGUCCCUGAGUGUUUUAAAGAAAAAGGCCCUAAGUUUGAUUACCAGCCUGCACUCAAUGCUUUGAAAGAAACAUGGGCGUUGUGGCUUACCCUUCACGAGGAGCACAUCCGUCAGCACGAAGAUAUCAGUGUUCUUAAAGCAGACCUUCUUGAGCAUAUCACAAAUAGGGGCAACAUGCUGCUGAAUGGAAAAAGUCAAAACUUCUAUGACCACAUUAAGCAGGCUACCGGCAGAACAGACUUGCACCUCCGCAACAAAAGUAAGUGUGACUAUGAAGCAAAGUCCUACUGGAAAGAUGUUGAAGAAUGUGACCCUUUUUACAGUGCCGUGGCAAUGUACAACCAAACCUUCAUCACCAUCAACAUGGGCAAAGAUGGCUACAAAACAGAAGCACAGGAAUUACUGGAAAGGGCAAAGACAUCUGUGGAUGUUUACUUGUCAGAAACCACAAAUACCAUGGUUUCUUUUCAGAUUGCCACAAGAGGGAACUUUGAACCACAUCAUGAAGGAGAACGCAACUUUCUAAAGCAAAUAGAUUCCAGGAUGAGCAUUCACCAAGCUUGGAUACUUAACAUUGACCUUGCAGUAAAUCAACUUAAAGAGCUUGAGGGUGAAGGCCCGGCCAUGACAGAGGUAUCCUGAGUGUACAGUCUCUCAGAAAAUCAAGACUACAUCACAGGAAAUGAACUCGCGGCCUUGUAUGACAAUGGCCUGAGCAUUGUGUUUGAGGUGAAAAAGAAGCCAGAGUUCAGCUUUGACGCUUUGAUCUGUUUCUUCAUCGGUAUGUGUCAGGUCAUCCUUGGAAUUCUGGUUUGUGCCCUGUCGUUUGGCUCUGCAACCCAGAUUGGCUUAUUUCUCAUCUGUGAAGGAGUCUCUGACAUGAUUGAAGGGAUAUCUGGCAUGAUAUCGGGCACAUUCGAUUGGGCCAUCUCCAAAAGCAUCAGCAUUGGGAUGUCUCUGCUCACCGCAGGGUUCAGCGCCAUUAACAAAGUUGCCAUCACAGCAUAUAAAGUCCUCAAUGGUACUAAGAAACUCUCAUCUGUUGCAAAUUAAAUCAUUGGCACAAGAAAAUAAUGUUUUCAAGUCUGCACAGGGAGCAACAACAUCUAUCUCCAAAGAAACAAUUAAGACUGCAAAAAAGAAACUGGCAUCCCCUACAAACAUGAAGACGGCUCUAAAACACGCAACAAAGUACACAUUUCAUGAGGUAGAGAAGCAGUGUGUAAACGCAGGAAUGAACUACAUCAUUGAUGCUGAAAUUGGGGCCAUCUUUACAUUUUUUUUAGAAAAAGCUUUCAAAGACACGGUCACUUCGUCAGUCAAACAGAAUGCCGAACUAGGUCUUAGUCUCACUGAGUACAUUAGGUACUGCAGAGCUUUACAGAACCACAUCAACUAUAAGAUUGACUCAAAGCUUGAACAAAUAACAAAUUUGCUGAAAGUUAUGACAAAAUAUCUUAUUCUUGGCCUCAUGACUGAUGCCACAAAAUCCCAAGUCAGUGAAGUUAUCAGCAGACUCUCUGAGGGAUGCAAUAAUGCAACUGACCUUGUGGCAAAAAGUGGGACACAUUGUACUGCAAAACGAGUAAAAAUAAGUGCAGAAAUAGAUAAACCAUAACCUUGGUCCAAAUUAUUCAGUUCAUUCCUACAGAACAUGUUAUCAAUGAAAUAUUUAUCCACAAAUUAAAAAUAGAAAUUGAAGAGCAGCAAAAAAAUAAGGAGCAGUAUGACCAAGAUGACAGACAUGAACAGAUGUGAUUUGCCUGAAGGAUGAGUUUCUAAGCUCCAUUUCGGAAAGUGUCUCCGAAGCGUUCACAGAUGCUUGUGCUGGUCAUAUGUCUUCUUUUGUGGGGGGGCUAUUCAAGAAGAAGGUCAAUGGAGUCACUGGAAAAGUUGUCGACAAUGUACACAAAAUGGAGGGCUUUUUCCAGGACUGGCAGCAUAAACACAAUAUGAAGUCAGCUAGUCAGAAGGCUGGGAAAGCUCUGUCAGAGACUGAAACAAAAGAACUUCUGGACUAUGCAGAGAAGAUUGGUGAGGUUAAUCGACCAGCCUCGGCCCUGGACAUUUAUGUCCUCACAAACAGUGACCUUCUCCAUGGUAAAGGCAUCCAGUUCAAAAUGGUGGAUCAAGAUGGGAAAACGCUCUCAGAGGAGUCCUACCCGGGAACGAACAGCUCAGCCGGCCAAAUCACUCUACGACUGACCAAAGUGCAGAGUGAGAAAGGAAUCCUCUCUAAAGCAAAAGACAGAAUCCAAGGAGUGGAAAGUCCAUACAGUGGUCACUUUGACAUCAUCCAAGAUGGCAAAGUAAUUCCUGUGUGCUCCGUGAACAAUAGCUGCCUGUACCAUGCCCUAGCACAGGCAACAUGUAACAGGUCAGAGGAUGAGAUCACGAGUCAAGCUGUGAAUCUAUGAAACAAUGUUAAAGACCAGGUACUGUACACCUACUCAUGUCUACGUAUAGUUUAAAUAAUUCUUAAAUUAAAUCACUUUCUGAAAUAUGUAAUUUUCAUCAAAUCUGAAGGAACACUAGGAAAUUAAGAUGAUUGAUAAACUGUCCCUAAAUAAAAUUAAUGAAUAUAACAGAUUGCACCUUUAACCAUGGUUGUGGAGUAAUUGGAGUUAUUCAUACCCGUUAUGUCUUCCCAUAGAUUAAAGGGAACUUUCAUGGUUAUAGUGAAAUGGUUAAAACCCAGAAGGCCUAUGAUGCACUCGAGAAAAAUCAUGGAAAAUAUGCUAUAGUUGGAAGGGCCAGGAAGAGAGCAAAGAGGAGAGAUGGGGAAUAUAUCAACGAUAUCAGUCCCAUGAAGGAAAUUAAUUAUAGUUACUCAGAUCGAACUGAGCAAUACCCAUUUUCUACAGCCUUGGAAUUGUUGGUUCUUACAAAGGGUAAUUUAGCAUAAUAUUUUUUAUAUGGGUAUUGUUCAAAUCUACCAAUGUAAUUAUAAUGACCCUGCAUUGUUUUUACACUUGAAUACAUUAAGACCAGAAAUGUAUAUGACAAUUCAUAAUGCAUUGACAUACAAAUUGUAUAAAUAGAUGUGUUUACUUGAAUUGUACAACAUCUUCUCUAUCCUCUCAGUCAUAAACACCAGACGUCGGCUUAAUAAAAAUGUGAAUUCAGAGGCAGACCAAAGAAGACGUAUAAAAAGAGCUGUGGAGGCAGACCAUAUCCCACCAGAGUUCCCUGAAGCAGGGACUCCACAACAAAAAAAACUCAGAUGGAAAAUCUCCAAAACAAGAAUCCAAAUCUUAAUGAUAUGAUAAACAGCAUUGAAUCAGAACCAAAAAAGGAGAGAACAUGUUCACAAUGCGGGUUCUCGCACAGCAUCACAAGAGAGCUCUAACCACUGGAAACAGUAAGACAUCUGAAAGCUGCAGGUGAAUUCUCUAUUAUUAUAGGUGCAAUCCAUAGCUUCCCUUCCGCCUGUGAUACACAACCAAGGCUGAAAUAAAAACACAGAAACUAAACUACUGUGACGGCUCUCGUCGGAAGGCAUGGACCAAAACGCAGCGUGGUAAAAAACACUCAAACAAAAUAACAAAGUGAAAAAACAAAACAGUUCUGUCAGGUGCAGACACUAAACAGAAAAUAACUAC